AUGCAAGAGACAGAGCAAUAGGAAAAAAGAUAUGAUAGGUUGAUUCCCUUUUUGAUGGCAAGUAAUUUACUUAAUUUUUCAGAUGAUGAACAGAAUUUCGAUCAUCCUUAACCAAAUCACGAUAACAUUCAUUAUCUGUAUAAAUGAUUUCCUCUAUAUAAUCUUUUAGCCUAACAAAAGUUUCAAAAACCUAAGAAAUACUCCCGUUCUAAAUGAAGAUCCAAUAUAUUUUGAUAGAAAUAUUAAAAUAGUUUUUUAGAAUUUCCCUCUAUCGAUCUGA